AUGUACACGUUCAACUUCCGGUAGAAAUGCACAUGGUGUCGAGAAAGACAACAAUCUUGAAAUGAGACCACUUACAGAUGAAGAGACGAAAAUCUUUUUCGAAAAACUUUCUAAAUACAUCGGUGAAAACAUCAAGCUCUUACUAGAUCGACCUGAUGGAUCCUACUGUUUUAGAUUACACAGAGAUAGAGUCUUCUAUGUCAGAGAAGACAUGAUGAAACAUGCUGGAAAUGUUUCAAGGAAAAAUCUCAUCAGUUUUGGAUCAUGCUUUGGACGAUUCUCAAAAGGUGGUAAAUUCAAAUUGCACAUUACUGCUCUGGAUUUCCUGGCUCCCUACGCUAAGUUCAAGGUUUGGGUGAAGCCAAGUGCUGAGCAGCAGUUUGUUUAUGGUCAUCAUGUGAUGAAGUCUGGCCUGGGACGAAUUACAGAAAACACGCCACAGUACCAAGGUGUUGUUGUAUACAACAUGAAUGAUCUGCCAUUGGGCUUUGGAGUGGCAGCAAAGUCAACACAAGAAUGCCGACACACAGAUCCUAUGACGCUCGUCGCAUUUCAUCAAGCAGAUAUUGGAGAGUUCAUCAGGAAUGAGGAUGCUUUAGUAUAGUGACAACAGGGUGGGGAUGGGUAGGGUUUUAGCACAGGGAAUUCACAUUUUAUUAUAAACUGUUUAAUUAAUGAAGUCAUCACAACCUUUGUCUUACAUUUCCAAAAAUCAAGGAAUUAAUGAAUGUUCCAAAAUUGUUAUACUUCAUUAUUCAAGGGAGUAAUAUUCCACUAACCCUGACACCCAGGGCUAGUAGAUCUAAUGUCUGGCUAGUGAAAAUAUGCAAUAUUUACUGAAAAAAAUAUAGACAUGCACUUGUAGAUUUUUUUCAAAAUCUGCCUUGGAGCGAGUACUUUGAACAUAUGUUGGACGCUCCUGGUAGUACAGUUGCAUAUGUUCAUAUCCAUUUUGAUGUGAUUUGAUGAAUUGUCAUUAAAAUUAUUCUUAACAUGUCAAAAAAA